AUGCUUGAAUAUGAUAGCUAUCAGAAACGUGCUUGUAGUGUACGGAUGAUAGAGAAUGGUGUUGAGAAAUCAUUUACAAAGAGAUUUACUAUUGAGGCACCACAAUAUUGGUCAAUGUCAAUAACAACACUUGGAUUUAGGAAGAAUGGUAAACCUAUAGUGGAAGUGGAAAAUGCUCAUAUGUGUUAUGAACAGGGUGCACUUAUGGUGUAUGAGCCCAACAUUGAAUGCUUCAAAUAUCUUGGGAUGUAUGGAAAACCUGGAACAUUCUUUGUGCAUUCCUACAUAGAAACUCUAGUUUUGAUAGGUCAGUCUGAUCGCAAUAUUAAGGUUGAAGAUGAUGUCUAG